GAAGUAUCAAAGCAAAAAGUCAACGUUUCAUGUUUAAAAAUCAUUUGAAAUAGACGUUUGGCUUUGAGUGAAUUGUAACGAAUCGUUAUAAACGGUUUUAGUUACUCAAACUCAUAUAGUUAAUUUUGUGAAUUAGUAUCAGUUGAUAUCUUAGAAUUUAUAUCAAAUUAAUUAUUCUUUGAAUAUUCUUGAAAGGAAAAUUAUCUUUUAAUUCUAAAAUGGACGCGUUUACAGAGAGUAUUCUUAGUAGAGCCAGAGAAAGACAAAAGCUAUUAGAAGGUUCUGGAAAUGCUGAAAGAACGCCAUUUAAAGAAACGAAUUCUUUAAUAGAACUUCCCAGAUCAAAAAAGGAAUCUUUGUCAGACUCCAACAUCAAUAUAUGUACAAAAAAUUUGGAAACACUUUCUAAAGAAAAUAAAUCUGACAGUAAUCUUCCUAAGUUUAUAAGACAAAACUCAAGAACUAAGAUUUCUUCUGAAAUGCCAGGAUCACCUAAAAAUCAGUUAAAAACAUUGAAUAUUCAACAAGAGGACUUCAAUAUGGAAAUUAAAGUGACUGCUUCUGAAAAUGUGAGGGUAGAAGUAGAAAUUGCUGAAGCUAAUAAUAGUGGAAAUGAAAAUGAUUCUGGAAAUGACUGUCAAAUGAGAAUUGAAUCUAAAUGUAAAUUGAAGAGACUUGGACAACUUUAUGCAGGAGGUGAUGACGCGAACAUUUCCUCACCAAUUCAUAGAACUGAAGCUAAAUUUUGUGCUGCCGAAGAAACUGCUACUGAUGAGUUUAAUAAACAAAAUAUUGACAAAAUGCCAAGAAAAGGAUUAAGUAAGUUAGCACAUUUGGCUGAAACUAUUAAUCAAUGGGAAGAUGAUAUGCAUCAUGUGCAAAAAGCAGAGAGAAAUUCUCCAAAAAAAUAUUGUAAAGAUUCUGCGCCUGAACCUCCAAUCACAACUCCUAUAAAGACUUCAUUAAAAUCAAAAGCACCACAAUCACAUGUUUGCAUAGAAAAGUCAGAAACCCCGAAGUCGCCUGUUAAAUAUUUGGAUUCCACAGUUAAUGAAGAAAUAAAGUUUGUAAAAAAAGUCGAUUCUUCCACUUCUCAAAAGAGUUCGUUAUGUGAAAUAUUCACUCCCAAGAAGAGUUUGAGAACUAAUAAUGAUACCUCAAAGCAAGUGAGCUGGGAUAAGAAUGUUUUAGAUAAGUUGGAAUCGCAAGGAUUUACUAGAAAAAACUCCAGUUCAAGUUUAGUAUAUUCAUAUAAUUCACAGGAAAACUGUACCGAAGCCAAAUCAUCAAAUGACGUUAAAGAAUUGAGACCAAUACAAGAAGACAAACCAAAAGAAAAUAGAAUAAAACAAAUGGCUACUGCCUUAGAAGCAAAAGUUGGUAUAACAGAAAAACCAUCGAGUCCUGUUCAAAGCCUUCUAAGAUCCCACAAUAUUGCCGAAAGAGUAGCUGCAUUUGAAAGUCCUACAAGAUCUAAUAAAGAUCCGGCUUUGCUUUCUGUUUCUGAAAGAAAAGCUUUGUUUGAGAGAAACAAAGGAGAUGCGCUGGUUCCAAAAGCUGCAUUCGGGAUGGCUCCGCCAGUUAAGGUAGAAUCUACAAUGAAGGCCAGCUGUACAAAAAUUAUAACUGCAAAUACACAAAGUAAACCAAUUGAAAAACAAAAAGUACCUCCACAAGUUGAUUUAUUUAAUUCUAUGAAGGAAAGUCCAGCAAAGAUUACAAAUAAACCCGAAUCCAAACUACCUGCAGAAGAAACUAAUAUAGCUGCUGUUCAGCAGGCUGGUGGAAUAGCUAGUAAAAUGGCCGCUUUGCUCGAGAAUAAAACCACCAUUUCACGGGAACAGAUUGAAAAGAAUACAAGAAAUGAGCGACAAAAAGAGAUGGACAUGUUGUUAAAUCGGUUUAAUAAAAAUAAGGAGAUCGUAAAUGUUAUUGAGGAAGCAUCAUAUGAAGAUGACGAUAAUGACAUAGAUGCCACUGAAGAAACCGUCAUGAUCACUGAAAAACAUGUUAAAGUUGUAACUUCUGAUAAUGAACAACGAAGAUCAGCUGAAAAAAGAAAAAGUGGGGGGAAACCUUACAGUAAAGGAGACAGUCCCAUUGUUGCUGCUGUACUAGAUGAUGUCAAGAGGAUUAAAGUUAUUGGCCCAAAAGAAGGUAAAUUGUACCCAAACUUAUCGGAUAUUGAAGCAACCACUGAGACAGAACCGGAUGCAUAUACGAGGACUCCAUCCCCAAAUGAUCAAAACAGCAGUUUAGAAACAAGUAACAAUUCAGAUAACCCUAAUACUAGCUUCGGCCGUGAAAUAAUGAAAGCUGUAUGUAUUAAUCAAUCACAACAAAAAAGGCCUAUUUAUGAUGAAAGUACUGCCAGUGAUAUUUCAAGUAUUUUAGAUGACAUGGAUAAUUAUUUAGAUGAUGCAAGCAAUGAAGACAAUAAUAGUGUUGGCCCAACUCCACCAAAAGUACGCCAUGUAUCACCUCAGAAAGUUGUUACACAAACUUCUAAUUCCUUCAGCUACAUAAAUUAUUCUCCAGAUUUUUCUACUCCAAAAACAACGAAUAAAUCUUUUCCAGAGUAUGUUGUUGAAGGUGAAAAUAUUUUACCUUUGACUCAUACUGUUAGUUUCUACAGGAAACAACAAAAUCAAAUUCAGUCUCCCAUUCGACAAAUAAAAAGACAACCAAUAAUUGAAGAAUCUUUAACAGAAAGUAACGCUAAUGAAAAUGAGGUAGUAAAAGAAAAAAUUAAAGAACUACAAGAAGAGGUCAACAGACAACAAAACAUUAUUUCACAGACUAGCCAGGCACUUAAUUUGUGCAGUUGUACACCAGAAUUUUCAGGAUCUACAGAACAGGUUGAGGCAGAGAGGGUUUUAUUAGUAGCCACUCACAGAAGACAAGCAGCUUUGCAUGAACUGCAAAGACUAAAAGUUGAAGGCACUAUUAGACCACAACAAGAGCAUUCAAAGAAUGUACCUUUAGAAAAAGGUACAUUGACCAUAUCGAACAUAGUGCUUCCAUUAAAACACAAAUACGUUAAAGCUUUGGCUGCUGCAGGAGGUAAAGGACAUCACAUAGUAUGUUUAAUAAAAUGUGGAGAACAAGUGAUUCCCACCAAAUUAACAUCUACCGUAGUUCUCAGUGUCAAGAAUCCUGAUACAGAAUUAGUUAUUCCGGGAAGCGUUGUUAUCCACAAUAUCUAUAGUGAUUUUACAAUAACUUUUGAAGUAUACUGUCUUCAAGCUCAGGAAGAAUUUCUACCACAUGAAGUAAAAUAUCACAUAAACAAUAAAAAGCCUGGCAAUAAAUUGACAACUCCUAAAAAGUUAAAACAAGAUUCCAGAAUGGUAAUGCCAAUCAAAGAAUCUCCAGCAGGUCCACAAGCAGUAAGGACUUCCUCAUUUGCAAUCAUGGGAUAUGUUGUAUUUUCUGUGCAAGCAGUGAAUAAACGAGUUUGGAAUUUGAAUAAUACACCGUCUAUGAGCCCUUUGGAAGGUACAGUCGAAAUGCGUAUUAGCUGCGAGUUGGCUGUUUCAGUAGAACACAAAGGAUUCCUAACUAUGUUUGAAGAUGUUUCUGGAUUUGGUGCAUGGCAUAGGAGAUGGUGCAUACUUAAAGGACAUACAUUGAGUUAUUGGAAAUAUCCAGAUGAUGAGAAAAAAAUGGCUCCAAUAAAUCACAUCGAUCUGAAAAACUGCAUAACGGAAAAUGUCAAUCCAGUAAAUAGAGAUAUUUGUGCAAGAUUACACACACUUCUGUUGGAAAUAGAGAGGCCUGCUUAUUCUACUGAUAAAGAUAGUCUAGUUACUAUUUGUAAAGGUGACAAAACUAUUAUAAGGCAUUUAUUAUCUGCAGAUACAAAACAGGAAAGAGUAGAAUGGUGCACCAAGUUCAAUGCUGCAUUGACUGCAUUAAGGAUGUGGGGCAAUUCCCAGCAAUAAUUUUAGUGGUACAUUAUUUUUUAUAAAAUUACUUAUAGUGAUACAGAAUUAAAAUAUGUGAACGUAUAAUUGAAAUACGGUAAAAAUCAAUUAAAGCACCGUGUUAUUAACUGUAAUUAUUCGCAUUAUUAAAUAUUUUCUGUAUGAAUCGUUUGUAAAACCAGUUCUAAAAAACGUAUUUUUUACAAAAUAAAAAAUUAAGCUUUUUUAUAUUUAUAACAAAAUUUAUUGUAUAAAUUAUAUAAUUAUUUACAAAUUUAA